AUGGCAGCUCCUGUAAACGGAGACCCGAGGUUCAAUCCUCUCCACGGCAACCCGUUUGAGACAAGAGACGAUGUCGCCAAGGCUGUGGUAUCUCUAUUCGAACCUUUAUUACCUUUUUUCUCAGAAGGGUGUGCCCGUGUUCAAAUUGAUGCGUCCACAUCCACUUGGGAUCGUGCGGCCUGUGACUUGGAGGGCUAUGCCAGGCCUUUAUUUGGCAUUGCGCCGCUGGUUGCUGGCGGAGGGCAAUUCGACCACUGGGACAAGUACAGGGAAGGACUGAAGAAUGGUACAGAUCCGCAACAUUCAGAGUAUUGGGGACCAGUUCCAUCAAUGGACCAACGCCAUGUGGAGGCAGCUGCCCUUGCAUAUGCGAUCUUGCUUGUCCCAAGUCAAUACUGGGAACCACUCGAAGACGCUGUAAAAAGCAACGUCGUUAAGUGGCUGCUGCAGAGUCGCAAUGGAGAGCAUGGGUCAAAUAACCACAAAUAUUUCCGCAUCAUGGUGGAUCUGGCGCUGGAAAGUGUUGGCGUUGAAGUCGAGAGCACCGGUACAAAUGAAUAUUUGGAUGAUAUGGAGAGGCUAUAUAUAUCAGAUGGCUGGUAUCGCGAUGGAGAAGACGAAGGCGACACACGCCGUAUAGACUAUUAUAACCCGUUUGCCAUGCACUACUACGGUCUAUUCUACGCCGUCCAUCGACCUUCAGACAAGGCACGCGGCGAACGGUUCAAACAGAGAGCCCGAGAGUUUGCGCCAGCCUUCUUACACUGGUUCGCAGAUUCAGGUUCGAACAUUCCCUACGGCCGCAGUCUAGCGUACAGACAAUGUGUUGCUGCAUACUGGGGCUAUCUGGCAGUAGCUGGGGUUGAGGCAUUGCCAUGGGGCGUCAUCAAGGGUAUAUAUCUCCGCAACCUGCGAUGGUGGGCGGCACAGCCUAUCUCAAGACGAGACGGUAUCCUGACGCUUGGUUACGCGUAUCCAAAUCCUUUCAUGGCAGAACGAUACCUAUCCACCGGUUCUCCUUACUGGGCUAUGAAGGUUUUUGGUCCACUGAGCUUGCCUGAAGAUCAUCCAUUCUGGAAAGCAAAGGAACUUCCCAUGCCAGAUCGUCCGUCAAUCGCUUCCUUUCCAGUGCCCGGCCUUGCCUUUAUGCAUAUGCCUGGCCAUACGAUUAUGCUCAACUCUGGACCAGACUCAAAUAAAGCCAUGCGCUUUGUACCGGAGAAAUAUCUCAAAUUUGCCUAUUCAAGUCGAUAUGGUUUCUCAGUAGAGAGCGAUAGCCGAGGAUUUGACGUCGGCGCUUUCGAUAGCAUGAUUGCGCUGAGUGACGACGACAUACAUUAUAGGGUGCGCGAACAUUGUGAGGCCGCUAAAAUGGCUGGGGAUAAAAUAUACUCCUUAUGGCGUCCAUGGUCAGACGUUAUUGUUGAAACAUGGCUCAUUCCAUCCGCCAAUUGGCAUAUUCGCGUUCAUCGAAUCCAGUCGCCUCGAACACUUGCCACUAUCGAGGGCGGAUUUGCAGCUCCAAGGGCUGACUUUAGCGUGGAUAAUGUUCAUGUGGAUGAGAAAGCGGCGUAUGUGUUAUGCAAUGAGGGCGACUUCAGUGGCAUACUGGAUGCUUCAUCGCCAUCAAAGCGAGUUGGGAGAGUUACCAAGCCUCACGGCAAUACUAGCCUGAUGUUUCCACGCACGCUGGUGCCUCAGCUCAAGGGAACCGUUGAAGCCAACAAGACACAAGUGUUUGCAUGCGCUGUCCUUGCGGGUCCGAAUGGGAAGCCGAUCAAGGAGCAGUGGCAGUUUCCCCCUGAGAUUCCGAGCAUCGAGGAGCUUGAACGGGAAUUCCAAGACAAGGGCGAAGAGAUUGCUAUCAUGAAGCCAUACUCGGCACCAAGAUGA